GAGCAAAACGCAAAGGCUGCGAGAGAGGGAGGGGAGUGGAAAAACGGAGAGAGACCACUGAGGGGAGAGAAGUCAUUCUGAGCACGGGAGGGAGCAAGCUGGAUGCAGCUGACAAGGACACAGAGGGAAGAAAGCGCGUGGAGAAGCCUUCCCUGACAGGGGAGAGAAGUGAAGGAGUGCGUGCAUAAAGUAGAAAAAAAGAAGAGGAGGAGGAGAGGGAGCCUGACAGGAGGUCGAGCUUACGGGGCUUGACUGACACAAGAGCGAGGAGGAGGAGGAGGAGGAGGAGCAUGAGGGCAAGUUGAUGGAUUUGAUUUUGGGAGAGUAUUUUUAGAAGGAGGAGCGGGGACAUGAGAGGAAUAUUGAGAUUAGAGUUGCCAUCUUUUUGGAGUGGGGGAGAAAAAACUGGGGAGCAAAAGAAGCAAAAGAGUGGAUAACAAGAGGGAGAGAUGUUGACAUCAGAGUGUGACAGAACAGAUUAGCUCUGGUUUGGUUUCCCGCAGGAAACCGCUGUGAGUGUGUGUCCCUGACUUCGCAUGAGUGCCUCCUUCUCCAUGUGAAAGUGUGUUGUAGCAUGUUUCCUCGCUGAGAAGCAGGUUCGCUACAACAUGAAGCUAACCCCCUGGUUACCCGCAGGACUUCAGAACACUGGUGAAAAAGCCAAGUGGGGGGGGGGGAGAGACGAGGAAGAAGACCAAGUGACAUCACAAGAAAGUAAGAGGCAUCAAAAGUGCGACCGCAAAGUGGGACAGAAAACAAAUGAGCAUGGUGGACUUUUUUAGUGAAUUCAAUUAAAGAUUGUACUUAAUAGUGACAAGGAACUGAUUGCUGCCUCUGGCUGCCGAAUGCCUCCGCACGCCAGUGAAGCUAGGAAAACACACACACACACACAUUACUCCAAAGACAAGAAACCACAGCGCUGGAACAAGGCAACCAACCGCACCACACCAACCAAUCCCUCCGCUGUCGUCUCAUUAUUUUAAUUACCCUCUCUCCUUUCAUUUGUGUUUUUUUUUUUUUUUGUCCUCUUUGCUCAGCUCUUGGUAUUUUGUAUUCCAUCCUCCUCUCUCCUCCUCGCUUCCCCUCCCUCUUCCUCUUGCCUUCGCUCUCUCUCUCUCUCUGUCUCAUCCUGUCUUGUUCACUGUCACACUAACUGCGGUCGAUGCAGGAGUCACUCAUGUAGAAGCCACCUUGCUUGGAGCACAUUUGCCUAGCUGAUUUAUUUUUUUCUUUCUUUCUCCCCUGCUGAGUUGGAUGAUUGGAUGUCUCUUAGAUCAAAAGACCAGGAAGGGAUGACCAACAAGUAGCUGUUGCUGAGUUCCUCAGAGCUCCUGCACAAGCAGGAGAAGACGACUUUGAAACGCACAGAAUUCCCCGAAGGUAUUUAUACGCUUUAAAACAGUGUAUUUACAGCCAAGACUAAAUGGUUGGUCAAUAUUUGUAAGGCCAAACACUUAUCCAGGUGUGGAUUACAGUAGUGGAUUUAUCCUGGAGCUACAUGUGGGCCCCAGCCCCUGAAGCCUGGCUGGGAAAUGAAGCCUUUCCCGCGGCUGUAGGAGUGCUGUGGGCAGCCAUGGCCCUGGAAGGGCGCUGUCUCCGGAGGGGAUCCCCAGCCAUGAUCAGAAAAGGUCGUCAGAGGCGUGCAGCGAAGCAAACUCUGGCUCGGGUCACUUCUACUCUUCUGUCAAGGACACGCCUGCACGGCCUGAGGCAUGUGUGCCUCCCUGGUGGCUCUCUGGGCCGCAGGGCCUUCUGGCUACUCGCCCUCUGCACCUCCCUGGGGCUGCUUUUAUCUUGGUCGUCAAACCGCCUACUUCACUGGCUUUCCUUUCCCACACACACACGGGUCCACACAGAGUGGGCCAAAGAACUCGCCUUCCCCACGGUCACAAUCUGCAACAACAACCCCAUACGACUCUACAAGCUCACCAAGAGCGACCUUUACUUUGCGGGCCACUGGCUGGGCCUGCUGCUAGCUAACCGAACAGUGAGGCCUUUGGUUCUGGACUUGCUUCAAGAGGACCGUCAGGCCUGGUUCAAGAAGCUGUCAGACUUCAGGCUCUUUCUGCCGCCCAGAAACUUUGAAGGAACCAACCUGGAGUUUAUGGAUAGACUGAGUCACCAACUGGAUGACAUGCUGCUCUCAUGCAAGUACAGAGGAGAACCAUGCGGGGCUCACAACUUCUCUUCAGUCUUCACCAGGUACGGAAAGUGCUACAUGUUUAACGCUGCAGAGGAGGGGAAGACGCUCCGCACAACCAUGAAAGGAGGAACGGGCAACGGUCUAGAGAUCAUGCUGGACAUCCAGCAGGACGAGUACCUGCCUGUGUGGGGGGACACAGAAGAUACAGCCUUUGAGGCAGGCGUGCGGGUGCAGAUCCACAGCCAGGCAGAGCCCCCGUUCGUUCACGAGCUGGGCUUCGGCGUGGCCCCCGGCUUCCAGACUUUUGUUGCCACGCAGGAGCAAAGGCUGACCUACCUGCCUCCUCCGUGGGGAGAGUGCGAGUCCAAGGCUCUGGAGUCGGGCUUUUUCCAGGUCUACAGCGUAACCGCCUGCAGGAUCGACUGUGAAACACGCUACAUCGUCGAGAAUUGUAACUGCAGGAUGGUGCACAUGCCUGGUGAUGCCGCAUACUGCACACCUGAGCAGUAUAAAGACUGUGCUGAGCCUGCCCUUGCUAAACUGUCGGCUGUGGAGAGCAGCAACUGCAUGUGCAGGACGCCAUGCAACAUGACCCGCUACAACAAAGAGCUGUCCAUGGUCAAGAUCCCGAGCAAGACCUCCGCCCGCUACCUGCAGAAGAAGUUCAACAAGUCGGAGAAGUACAUCACAGACAACAUCUUGGUGCUGGAUGUCUUCUUUGAGGCUUUGAACUACGAGACCAUCGAGCAGAAGAAAGCCUACGAGGUGGCAGGACUGCUGGGUGAUAUUGGUGGUCAGAUGGGUCUGUUCAUUGGAGCCAGCAUCCUCACCAUCCUGGAGCUGUUUGACUAUGCUUAUGAGGUGGUGAAAGACAGACUACUGGAUUUGCUGAGCAGAGAGGACGAGGACGAGAGUCAUGGAGAGGACGUGAGUUCCUGUGACCCGGUGGCAAACCACUCGGAGACCAUCAGCCACACUGUGACAGUCCCCCUGCAGACAACACUGGGCACCCUGGAGGAGAUUGCCUGCUGAGGCCCUCCUCUGUUCCUGUCAGAGCCACCAACGUCCAGAGGCGUCCUCCACUGGGUGGCGCUACGUCCUCUGUCAAGGCACCCUGCAGGACCUUAAACAGAGGAAGGAAGAAGACAAGGACAAGAACAGAGGCUGGUCUAAGGACAGUGUUGCGCUCUGUCACACCGCCCUGUUCGAGGCACUAAUGGGGAUUAAGGAGCUGUCGGCCGGACUUAUCGGCCCUCUCCGUCACCCUGCACCGGACUGUUGUGGGAGGGUGGCCUCCACUGUGCCAGAACUGCAGUGAGGUUUGCCCUGCACAAAGAAAAAAAACUCAGAGACUGGAUGGGGCUCGUCCCUGUGCAGAAUAUCUAUGUAACAAACACAUUCUUAUUACGGUCACUGCCAAAUGAACUGUACAAACUCGCUUCUGAACUGUCCAAACUGCAUGCAACAAUCUAUCUUGCUCUCUUUGCUGAUGCAUACGCUGGACUACAGUGUUGCUUUACUGUACAUGUGUGCCAUAUCUGCAAGACAGGCCUGUGACACGGGCCAAGGUGAAAUAUGGAACUUCGAAUGUACAGAUUGAACAUAUGGUUGUUUAAAAUCAUAGUUCAGGAUGUCAAGUCCUUUGAAACCUCCUCUAAUGGGAGAUUCAUCAUUUCUUAGUUACAUAUCAUGAAGGGCAAGAGAUUGGUGAUGUGUGAGCAUUACUGAGAACAAAAGAACCCUGGGGAUUUUACUUUGUUUACUGAAAACCCAGCCAAAUCUGAACCUUUUGCAGCCCUCUUUUUGCAUAUUUUUUCACCCGUCAGUUUCAGCUAAAUCAGUUUCUUAAAAGGCAUGUUAGCUCCGUGUCUCAUGGAUUUGCCAAGCUGUUCUCCAGAGACAUCUUUAAAGGGAUGUCAUACUCUUACUGUAAAUAAAAGACUGGAUUUUGGAUGAUGCACCUCAACACAGCAUCCAGCUAGGUGAGGUAGAAUCUCAAUUUGUUUGCCUGCCAGACAGUAAGCCGUGUACAAAACGCUGCAGCAAAUGAAUAUGCCCCUGGUGUUGUGUAACCAUUGCUUCAUUAAGAUAAUCUCACGGUGAUAUUUCAGACAGCCACUUCAUCAAGGAUGGAAUCAUUCUGCCGGCUAGAAAACAAUCGACGCAGUCUUGACAAUUUACACCAUCCCCAUCAUUUAAAGUUGAUAACAAAAGCACCGACAAAAGGCUAAGGCUGGCUGUUCUUCUAAGGUGACAGGGUCUGCUGUGUUAUGAUGUAAAUAUCUGUGUUUUUUUCCUCAUAAAAACGGGUACCACGCAGACAUGCCUGAGGCAGAGCCUAUUUAAAGGAACUGCAGUAAAACAAGCACUCCAGGGCCAAAAGUGACUACAUACUGUAUUUGUCACAUUUUUUUGUGAUGUGACUCAAUCUUCAGCUCUCAGUAGGUGAGAAAGUUAUAUAACAAGCAUUAGCACUUCGGGGUUAGUUGAAUGUCAUGCUUAAAAAAAAUGAACACACUUUGCAACAGUGUGAGCACCAGGAAUCCUCUCCAAUACAGGUUAAGAUGAAAUGUCAGUGUCCUCUGAAACAGCAGGUACAUAUAUAUCACAUAUAUAUAUAUGGCUUAACACCAAAAGCUUGUAUGAGACCGAGUGGAAGAUUUAGUGCAUCUAGGUUUUCUGAUUCUCGUCCAUGAUCGUCCCAGGAUGGUCUCUGUCAUCAUGGUAACGUACCUCACAGGUAGGAAUGAGUUCAAGUGCUUUGUAAGAGUGUCUGAAUUAUGAUUUCCCAUGUGUAGCUUGACCUGCUGUCUUCUGUGUACUAUCUCAUGUUGUGGCUUCAGACCGACACGAUCCUCAGCUGACCUGCGGGAGAGGUGAGACGAACCGGUCUUUUUUCUCUCGGUGGCGAUGACACUGGCUGUUUGCUCUCUCUACUUUGGCUUCAAUUGUUUCGGCAGAGCAGCGUUUUCUCAUUUUGUGAUGCAGCAUACAGUGUGUGUUUUUAACGUGAAACGAUUAAAUUAAAAUGUUAUUUUGCAAUGA